AUGAACAACGUCAGCUUCACCUACCCCACCAAGGACAAGCCCACCAUCAUGGAUGUGAGCCUGACCGUGUCUCAGGUGAGCCGCGUGGCGGUGAUUGGCGCGAACGGUGCAGGCAAGUCCACGGCCAUUAAGGUGCUUGUGGGCGAGCAGCUUCCUACGGAGGGCACCAUUUGGAAGGCUCAGGGCCUGCGAAUGGCCUACGUUGCGCAGCACGCCUUCCAUCACCUGGAGAAGCACAUGCAGGAGACACCCACGCAGUACAUUAUGUGGCGGUUUGCCGGCAAUGAUGACCGCGAGAGCAUGGAGUUCAAGACGGAAGACCUCUCCGUCGACGAAGAGAAAGCCCGAGCCCAGAAGUGGUGCAUCGAUUCCGUCACCGGCAACGUGCGCCGCUGCACUGACCCCAAGGAGGACGCCAAGAAGGCCAAGCAGGACGAGGCCGGAGCGGUGAUCCCAGAUGCCAUUGUGAACCGACGUCAGAAGAAGAAGGAGAAGACCUUCGAGUACGAGGUGAAGUGGCAGUUCAAGUCCAUGGACAACAACACCUGGGUGGAGAAGGACACCCUGGUGAAAAUGGGUUACAUCAAGCUCGUGCAGCGCGAGGAUGAAC